CGGGGCGGGAGGCGCCGGGCCGUGCGCAGAACGGCGCCAGUCUUCGUCGAUGUCGGCCGGCCGCUGCCCGAUACCAGGGUACACUGGCCACUGUCCGGGACUUAAGUUCGAUGUGGGCCACUCGUACGCCUGGCUGGUUCAACACCGACCACAGGUGAGCCGCACUCAUGUGGGUCACGUGACAGUGACCCCUCGCGGUGCGGACCUCCAGUCGGCGCCCGUCGAUGUCGUCGACCGGGCCCGAGAGGUGACCUCGGUGACCCGAGCACCGCCGAAACCUAUGUCACCCCGAGGCGGCAUCGCCGGCUACACAGGUUUCGUUCCGGGAAGCCGGUAUGUGGUCGGCACCAACUACCGCAAGGCCUGCGACGACUGCUUCAGCGACAUGGAGCGGCGAACUGCCGAGCGUCGGGAGCGCGAGGAGCACGCGCGCCGCAGCCGCUCGCUCGGCAGGACCUCGGCCAGUCGGCGGGCGGUCCGCGAGACGGGCGCCGCCGCCCCCGCCCCCACCGCCCCCGCCCCCGCCCUGAGCAACGGCGCCGUCAGCAGUGCUCUGGACGCCAAGUUCAGCCGCUACUCGGCUCAUAGCAAAGAUGAGGAGCCGCUGCCCAUCCCGGGCUACAGCGGGUUCGUGCCGCGGGCGCGCACCUCACAGAUGGGCGUCGGCAAGCGGUUCUCUCGGUUUGCCGACGAGGGGUUUCACGCGCUGCACGAGCAAGUGGAGCGGUACCGACAGAGCCACGCCCGUCCCGUCAGCGUGCGCCACCAGCAGCCCAACGGCCCCGUGAAAUCCUGAACACUCCGGCAGUGGUGCAGUCCGCGGUGGUGUGUGAGUGAAGGGGCAGACAUUUUGGCAGUCUGGAACGGCACAGGAGCUUUAUGAUGGUGCAGAAAUGGUUUUGAUUGAAUUAAAGGACACGAUGCGAAACGAGUUUAAGUCUAAGGAAAUCAUUCAAGAAUGUUUGAGAAUGUGACAAAAGGCGUUUUAGAAUCUGACAGCUCUCAUCAUGCGUCGGACAUCUGCCACAAGCUGCUGCAAUUUUUUUAGAGUCGGUUUUAGAGCUGUUCUGGUUGCUAGGAAAUUGCCCUUCUUGAACAAAUAAAUGUUAUGUUUGGAACUAGCUUUGGUGAGUCUAGCUAUGCAAAGUAACCUCAGCUAGAAAUAUUUUUGGUGGCAAAAAUUGUACACACAAAUUUUACACACAUACAAUUUUUUUCCGAGAAUGGUGCUAGUGCGAUUGGCAAUACGUCAAGAAUCUUAUGCAGUGAUCUUGGUCUUAUGCAGCGAGAGUCGUAUGUUUACUUAGGCAGCGUUUCUGCUCUGGUGUGAUGGGCUUCACUAUUUAUGUGGUGACUGCUAAAAGUCGGUUUUAUUUUCACCGAAUUUCAGUGCACGCUAUUAUGUCGUAUUAUUAAGUGUUCUCUGCUAAAUGAUUUAUUGUCGUUUGAUUGCAAUGCCUCUUUGAGUAGGUAGCUCAUUGGGAGGGCAAAUACAUUUUGCACGAAACGGA